UCGCGUUCUACUAUUACAUAUAGCUGGAAAUAAGUAACAAAUUCAAUUUUUUGAUAAGUUAAGAAUAGAUGAUGCUGUGGAUACUAGUGAUUUUCACAUGUAUAACAGCAGGUGUGUAAUUUUUGCCUAUAAAAUAAAUAAUGUAGAUUUUGAAAAAAUAACUAUUCAAACAGGUAAUUCCGAGGAGUGUAUAUCUCGUAGUUUGGGACACAAUGGGAACGGUUGUAUCUGCAAUUCGACGUAUUGUGACUUUAUGGAAGAACAAGGACCUCCUGAAGAGUUAACUUUUCAUUGGUAUGCGAGUGAUGAAUCUGGCGAACGAAUGAGGUACAAAAAAGGCUACAUGGACAAAUUGAAGACGAACGGUUCUAUCAUAUCCCUAGUUCGUGGAAAGAAGCAUCAAACAAUUUUAGGUUUUGGAGCAACAAUCACUGAUUCUGCUGCUAUUAAUAUUCAAAGUGUUAGUCUUCCUACUCAGGACAAUUUAAUUCAUUCUUAUUUUGGAGAAAAAGGCAGUAGAUACAGUUUCGGUCGAGUGCCGAUUGGAGGGACAGAUUUUUCAACUCGAAAAUACACUCUCGACGAUGUUAAUGAUGAUGUCACCCUGAAGCAUUUCGCACUUGCCGAUGAGGAUCUGUAUUACAAAAUUCCCCUCCUGCAGAAGUCGGCGUUAUUAAAUCCAAAUCUAAAGUUGAUAGCAGUUCCUUGGACCGCACCAAAAUGGAUGAAAAUUACGGAAUCUUUUUCAGGAUUUGGUUUUUUGAAGCCAAAACACUACCAGACUUUUAGUAACUAUUUGAUAAAAUUUCUGGAUGAAUACAGUAAAUUCGGUAUGGAAUUUUGGGGUCUCUCAAUAGGCAAUGAUCCGCAAAAUGCGUUAAAUCCAUUGAGUCAUCAAAUGACAAUGGCAUGGUCUCCAGCUAAAGCAGCAAAAUUUAUUGGUCAAAACUUAGGUCCAUCUAUAAAUGAAUCUUCACAUAAUGGAACUCGAAUACUAAUCUUUGAUGAUUCUCUUGAUUAUUCAAUAUCUUGGUAUGUGAGGAAAAUAAUGAAAAAUAAACUUGCCGAACCUUUCGUUGGUGGAACUGCGGUUCACUAUCAUUAUACUACAAUUACAAGGAAGAAGGUUCUGGACAAAAUUCAUAAAAAGUAUCCUAAUAAAUAUAUCCUAAUGACAGAGGCCUCUGAGCUUUUCAGAAAGAAAACCUGCUUCGGUUGUUGGGAUCAGUCGAUUAACUAUAUUCUGGAAAUGUUUGCGUUCCUUCAACACUCGGUUGCUGGUUGGAUAAAUUUGAAUCCAGUCUUGAAUAAAGACGGAGGACCGAAUCUUUCAAAAUAUAAAUACGCUCCUUCAAUAAUAGUCGACGCGAAAAAUGAUCAGUUCUUCAAACUUCCUUUGUACUAUAUUAUUCAACAUUUUAGUCGUUUCGUACCUCCUGGAUCAGUGAGAAUUCACACGGAAAUUAAUUUUCAGCCUUUGUAUGAUGCUAUUCAAGUUCUUGCUUUUGAAACACCACAGGAUGAGACGGUUGUCGUGGUUUAUAAUAAAAAUCGUUUAACCUACAAUGUUGGAAUAACCGAUGAAAAUGAAGGAGUCAUCAAUUUUUCUAUCAAAGGGUUUUCUCUUAACACAAUCAUAUUCAAACGAUAAAAUUCAAAUAAAAAUCAAAUUUUGCGACUUUCUAUAUUAAUAACUAAAAUUUAUUACAUAUAUUAAAAAUUUAUCUAUUCUAUUUAAAAUCUCCUUAUAAAUUACAGAAA